CACGAGAAAAAAGCAAGCGGUUUUGUAUCUCAAUUUAUUCCAAAAAUAAAGGGAAUCUAACGUCAACAUCGACAUGUCGAUGUCAAAGACCACUAACACGUACAACAGGCAAAACUGGGAGGAUGCAGAGUUUCCUAUUCUCUGUCAGACCUGCCUGGGUGACAAUCCGUAUGUGCGGAUGAUAAAGGAACGUUUCGGCAAAGAAUGCAAGAUAUGUACCCGUCCAUUUACCAUAUUUCGGUGGUGCCCCGGCGCCCGGAUGCGUUUUAAGAAGACUGAGAUUUGCCAGACGUGUGCAAGACUAAAAAAUGUUUGCCAAACCUGCCUACUUGAUUUGGAGUACGGUUUGCCGAUUCAGGUGCGAGAUGCUGCCUUGAAAGUGUCCGAUAAUAUGCCCCAGAGCGACGUCAACAAGGAGUACUACAUUCAAAACAUCGAUGCACAACUUCAGGAUGGCGACGGCACCGAGGCAGCUGGGGCCGUGGGACGGUCCUUGGCGUCCAAUGAAAUGCUUUCCAAACUGGCUCGAACUGCGCCCUAUUACAAGCGAAACCGGCCACACAUUUGCUCCUUCUGGGUUAAAGGCGAAUGUAAGCGUGGUGAGGAAUGUCCCUACAGGCAUGACAAGCCCAACGAGCCCGAUGAUCCUCUAUGCGAGCAGAACAUUAAGGAUCGCUACUACGGUCGCAACGAUCCUGUGGCUGAAAAGAUAAUGAAACGGGCGGCAUCGCUGCCCACCUUGGAGCCACCAGAAGAUAGGAAUAUAACCACCCUCUACGUGGGAAAUCUUCCGGAAGAGAUAACAGAACCAGAGCUUCGCGAUCAGUUCUACCAGUUUGGAGAAAUUCGUUCGAUUGCUCUUGUGCCACGGCAGCAGUGUGCCUUUGUACAGUACACUAAGAGAAGCGCCGCCGAACUGGCAGCCGAACGCACCUUCAACAAGCUGGUCAUCCACGGUCGGAAGGUUAGCAUUAAGUGGGCUCACUCUCAGGCAAAACAGGGCUCAGCUGCCAAGACGGAUCGACGAUUCGAUGUGGCUGGCAUCCCCCCGCCCAGCGCCAAGCCGAAUGAUUAUUUCAAUCUGCGACAGGAGCAGAUAAACGUGAUGCCUGCUGGAAUGAAACUGCAUCAGCUGCCAUCCAACUUAGUGCCAGCUUCGGCCUACCAAAUGUACAGUCAGCCCACGUACGCUGCACCCUAUGGCAAUGCCAGUGCCACAGCCACAUCUACCUCCGGUGUGAGUCUGGACUCCAUUACGAUUCCACCGCCACCUGGCCAGGUGUCCUAUCCGAGUCAGGACGCUAGCCGAAUGGGGGCUGUAAAAAAAUGAUAAUCAACCAUUGAUACUACAAACAAACGCUAUUUUUCACAAAAAUCAAUAAGCUACAAAGUAAAUUUAAUAAAAAACGAGCAGUAAUUGAUUGGUAA